CCCUGUUGUCUUAGAAACCUUGCAGAAUAUACACAGACCUCCAUCAGGUUGAAAUAGUAACUUGUUAACGCAGUACAGUAGUGCAGAGGAAUAUAAAUUUCUAGCAGAAUAAAAUGCCUCAUCCACGCUCUGCUCGCUCAGAUAUGAGUGAUGCUGACAUGGAAGGAUUGCAGGAACAGGAGCUUGUCAAGUUACAGAGGACAUUUAGAAAUAUGGAAGGAGAUCGUUCUGCCUACACUGAAGAGUCUCAAAAUAUGAUACGCAAACAGAAACAGGAGAUGAAUCAGUUGGAGUCAGAAAAACAAGAACUACUCAAAGAACUAAGACUAGCAGAGUCACGCUCCAAUCAAAUAAAAGAUGAAGAGCAUACAGAUACUUUAGUUACUCUGCGUGAAGCAAAAGAAAAAAAUGAAGAAGAAAUCAAAGCUGAGGAAGAAAAGCAAAAAGAGCUGGAUGCUAAGAUCAGAGAAUGGGAGAAAAAGAUCAAAGAGAAACAGAAGGACAUGGGUGGAUCUAACAUGAGCACACAACAUACAACACAAACAAGCAAAACACAACGUGUACUUGAAAAUCGUCUUGACCAGGCUAAAAAAAGAUUUAAUGACUGUCUUAGUCAAAAUGCUAAGCUGAGAGAUGAAAUAGAGAGUCACCGUAAUGAGCAUAAGAGAUUUGAAAAUGUGUACAAGAAGCUUGAAAAGGAGCUGAAAAAUUUAAGGAAAGAAAUGGCAGAGCUUAUAGAAUCAUCAACUACUGCUUAUGAUCAGAGAGAUGAUGCCCAAGCAAAAAUGAUAAUUCUAAAGGAAAAAGCAGACAAAGAUGUUCAACAGCAUAACACAGAAAUGAAAGAGCUUGUGCGCAUUAUUGACCAUGAUCGCAAGUUGAAGGAGUUUAUGGGGAUCAAAGGACAGGAAAGACAAGAAGAUCCACAACUGGUUGCUUGGAGACAACAAAAAGCUAUUGAAAGUGAGAAAAAGAAAGAAAGUCAAGAAGAUUCAGUGGAAACUUAUGAAGAAGCUUUUGUGAGGAUCAAAGAAAUGACAGGAGAAGAUGAUAUUGACAAGCUUGUUAGGAGGUUUAUUGAAGUGGAAGAUACAAACUUUGCCCUAUUCAAUUAUGUGAAUGAACAAAACAACGAGAUUGAAAAAUUAAAUGAUGAUAUCAACAAUAUUCAAAAAGAAAUAGAGGACUUCAAAAAUCAAGGAAUUGAGUUAGAGAGUCAAAGAAAGAUCAUUCUGAAGAACCUAGAGCAACAUCAAAUCAAAGCAACCCGUGAAGCAGAUGAAUAUGAACAGAAGCAUAAAGAAGUUUCUAAAAUACUGGAUCAGCUCAAAGCUGGAAUUGAAUCUCUUUUCAACAAAAUAAACUGUGAUAGAUCAGCCAUUGAUGACAUGCUUGGAGCAGCUACAGGUGUUACAGAUAGCAAUAUGAUUCAAUACCUUGGCAUUAUUGAACAAAAAACAAAUGACCUGCUAGCCAUACAAACAUAUUGCCUUAUGAAAGAACAAGACAAAUAUGAUUCAAAACUGCCAGGUCUGUUAGGGGAAGGACCAGCCCCACCGCAACAAUUUCAUCCUAUUAUUCCUCCAGCAGUUGGAGAUGAGUAUGAAAGUGAGGCAAGUGAAGAAGAAGAAGAUGAAGCCAGGCCUUUGACUCGCAGUGAACUACAAAAUAAAGUUAUUAAAACUGUUAAGAAAAGAGAGACAGCAGCCAUGAAAGAAGGUUUUAAAUAUGAUUUAACAGGAGCAAGGGAAAAGGCUCAAAAGAAAAAAGAUGUGAAAAAAUAAACAUUAACAAGGAAAACUAACAGAAACUAAAAGUAAUUUUGUAUUUGAUGCCUUAUUAAUACUUCUGCAAAGUAAAUUCGUUCAUUUGAGUGUAAGAAAUUGAUCACUUUUAGUAAAUUUAAAGAGAUUGAUCAAAUAAAAAUGUGAUGGAAGAUAUAAAUUAUUUUUCUUUAAACAAAAACAAUAAACAAUCACAAAGUAAAGUAUACCACUAUGUAAAAUUGCUAUAGAAAUAUUGCAUUAAAUGAUAAAUAGUACUAGUGUUUGUUAACAGAUUAAUAGCAUUCAAUAGCAAAGGAAAAUAUUUAGUUUUCUUCCAUACAACAAUUAAUAAAUAAUUUUUAUUUGCUUGUCUUCAACAGUUAUAUAAGUUGUUUUUUUUUUAAUCACAGUUAGCUAGAGAAUAUGAAGAUUUUCUUUCUUGUUUAAACUGGUUUGUUUCUGUCAAUAUGAUUUAUUAGUUUUUUGGACCAUAGAUGUUUGUGUCAAUGUAAACUGCUGAUGAAGUUUCUGUUUUUAGUAAAAUUGCUGGUUUUCAUUAUAUAUUAUUUAUUCAAAAGACAUCAGUUAUAAUUUUGUUUAAUUCGGUGUAAUAAUGAAUCCAAUAAAUAUAAAAUAAAAUAAACAAUAUCUGUGCUUUAUAUUAUAUUUGGCUAAUUAAGGUAUUGAAAAUAUCAUUCUCUAAAAAUAUGAUUUAUUACAUUUGUUAUUUUUUACUGAUUGUCAAUAUAUUUUAACAUAAAUAAUGCACAGAAAUUUGUUAACUCAGAUGAAAAACUAACAACUAGAAAAUUAACGCCUUAUAUGAAAUAUUUUUUUCUGAAUGUUAAAUGCCUGUUUUAACAAUUUAUAAAUUAUUUUAAUUUUAAGAGGUAUAUCUAAAUUUAAAAAAACAGAACAUGCACCAAACUCUACAAAAGUAUAAGCCUAACCCUCUGUUACAGUGGUAUAAAUAAUUUAUCACCAUAAUUUUUAUGGCAAAAGUAAACAUCAAGUAAAUUAGUAAAUUUCUGACGUGUUGAAUUUUAUUGUAGUGAAGUCCAGUUGAAAUUUCAAGGUGAUUUAGCAGUGGAAAAACUUGAAGAUUGUUUAUUGUGAUGGGCCCUAUAUUUAAUUGUUUGAUUGUAACAUUUUAAAAAAAUACAUCUUCAACAGAUCAAGUUGUGUUUUAAUAUUCCUGAAGCAAUUAGAAUUCUUUUUUUUUAUUUGGUGUAAAAUACUGCAGAAUGCUUUAAAAUAAUAAAGAAAAGUGUAUGACC